ACAUUCCAUGCUGGAGCAAGGCGGGGGCGCCCGCGCCUUUCCUGACAUGAUCAACUUUCAGGUUCCACCGACAUCAAAGCUUCCCCGCUUCUUCAUCGCAUGUGGGGCCAACACCUCCUUCUCCGUUUGUUCACCUUUUGCUUGAGCCAUCCUGCGAAUCUCAACGCCUGCGCCUCAGAGUACCUUUGUUACGGGCUUCUGUUGACGGGUACUACGGAUUACAUUGCACGCCAUGCCGCCCCCAGGAUUAGAGAUUCUACCAACGGAACUGUUCAUCUGUGUAAUCGAGAAGUUGAGCAAAGCGGAUCUAAAAGCGCUCUCUCUGGUCUGCAAACGCUGCCAUACGCUUGUUGUCCAGGCGCUUUGGGAGUCUGUCUCCAUUGAACCCCCCGAGUACAGCCUCCACCAAAUCAAAGCCGAAGCCAUACCGCAGGCCCGUCUCCAACUUGCCCGGCAGCUCCACUUUCGCGCCGACUUCUUGCGUUUCACGGACAGACGAUGCCCUCAUGAGGCUACAGAUUCGUCGGGGGGCGAGUUUGAGAACGAAUCGAGCUCUGGCGAUUCUGAGGCUGAGGAGGAAGAUCGCGAACAGUGGGUUGGGUUGCCCCGCUUCCAUCAGCUGGCCCGGAAGACCGAGUCGGUGGUCAAGCGGCUCCGGCCCGGCCAGCUACACAGCUUCAGCUGGGAUUUGGGCACCUGCGUCCCGUCCGAGGUUUUAGGACCCCCUGGAGCGGUGCCGCUCAACCAUCCCAUGCUGCAAUCUUUGGCCCUGACAACCAACCCAUACUGCAGGGAUAAUCGCCAUCCAGAGUGUGAAAUCGACUUGUCGGCGCUGCGCCGGCUUCAUAGCCUCCGUUGGAAAGCCCCCGGAGCCCACCACCUUAACACCUUGUCCAGUGCGAUUGAAAACAACUCAGGGCGGUUGCAAGAUCUUGAGUUAGAUUUUGUCAAUCACCUGGAUUUUGUGACUGACAUGGCACCUUGGCUACAUCGCAGCGAAGCCGAGGGUGAUUUUGGGGUAGCAGAGACUUGGUGUGCCAACAAACUCUUUGGUCUUUCGAGGCAAUCUCCGCAGCCCCUCUUCCCAGCGAUCCGUACAUUGUCUCUCUCACAAGUGCCCGUUGUGGGGGCCAUGGCACCAGCGAUCAACUUCAUGACUCUCAGGACCCUCAUCCUGCGGGAAUGUCCAGGUUGGCCUGAGUUUCUCGCGCAUGUCACGGAUCUCGGCCUUCCUGUCAGGCUCAAAAAGCUCGAGAUUCAAGACCACCGCUGGCAAAAAGACCUCGUCGGUCUCUCGGCGAUGGAAGGGUUCCUCGGCGCCUUCCAGGGCUUGGAGGAGCUCUUCGUCACACAGAAGCGCUUGCUGGAUCCUCAACGCCUUUUGAACAGUGCCCUCCAUCACCGUGCAACUCUCAAGAGAUUCAUCCACCCUGUUCCGGAUGCACUCGACGACAUUCCAGACGAUUGCUGGUUUUAUUUCUUUGGAAGCUGCGAUCUCGAGUUCAUUGGCCGGCAUUGCCACCCGGAGCUGCUGAGACCUAUAUUGCGGCCUUUCAUGUCGAAGGAUUCGUUGAAAGUGCUCCACAUCCGCCAACCCCCUUUCAGUCUUUACGACGGAUACGUCUCCUGGGCCUUCAAGGACACCGCAAGACUCAGCUUUCGCGAUCCAGAUAGUGAUGAUGGGGCAGAUCAGGACGUCAACAGGGACGUCAACGGGGAUGACGACGAGGAUGACGGCCGCCUUCGUUCCUGGCUCCGGCCCCAAUUCAUCGAGUUCGCUGAGUGGGCAUUUGGGCCGCAAGGGAUCGGCUCGCUCCAGUUCCUGGCGUUUGGGAAGUUCGCCCAUGGCGGCCGCCUGCCGUUCGGGUGGCGGUUGAGAUCGGCCUCGUUUAUCCUUGCCAGAGGCAGAGGCGAUGGGGCGGGCAGUGCUUUCCGAGUUUUGAGUGAACGUGGCCCAGAAGCUCGAGCUAUGCUCGAAAAGUAUCGAGACGCCCUGGAGGCCUGCCCGAUGGAUGAACUGUUGCACCCUUCAAUGCGGGACUCUGAUAUAUGAACAUCUAGCUCAGGUACGUCCAAACUAGGUGGCUUCGACGUUACUUGUCUCUCCCUUGCCUCGUCGUAACUCGUUUCCCCUACUCGCCACAGUUCUAAAGUGUACAUCCUCCACGCAGACAUACGCCCCUCCCCCUAUUGCCCCGCCCAAGUUUUCUUUCCUUACCCCCGCCGUCUGCGCUUCUUCGACGUGCCAUUCGCGUCCACGCCCUGAGGACGCUUGUCGCCCCCGCUUUCACCCCCCUCGACCGCCACCGGCACGGGCGGCUGCGGAAACCCGCGCUUCGAGUCCGGCAC